UGACGUGCAGUGGUGCAUACAUUUGUUUUGAUAAGAGUGCAGGCGGAACGAGGAGUGGGCGAAAUAAGGACAAGCCAAGGCCGCACGGCACGCAACAAACAGGUCAACUGACUGGCUCUGCUUAUCUCCUCACAACACCGGCUUCUGGUCACUGUAACCCAGUGACACGUAUUGCCCACAAUGGCAGACAAGGACAGCAGAAAGAUCGCUAUAGUUGGGAGUGGCCUCAUUGGACGCAUCUGGUCCAUGAUAUUCGCCGGGGCUGGGUACCGGGUGUCUAUAUACGACAUCAGUCCUGAGCAGGUUAAAGGCGCUCUGACCUCUAUCCAGGAGUCCUUGGCUCGGUAUGAGAAGGAGGGCAGUCUGAGGGGGAAGCUGUCGGCCGCAGAACAAGCCCAGCUGGUGACAGGAAGUAGUGAUCUUGCAGAGUGCAUGCUGGGUGCCAAACAUGUACAGGAAUGCGUGCCUGAAGAUGUCAACCUCAAGAGGAAAGUGUUUGAGCAACUGGACCAACAUGCAGGACCAAACAUGGUUCUUGCAAGCUCAAGCAGCUGCAUCUUGUCUUCCGAUUUUGCAGCAAACCUGAAGCACAGAGAGAAUGUACUGAUUGCUCACCCGGUAAAUCCCCCCUACUUUAUCCCGCUGGUGGAGCUUAUCCCAGCCCCCUGGACGUCCCCGGAUGUGACCCUGAAGACCCGGGCUCUCAUGGAGGAAGUGGGACAGUCGCCCGUCACCCUCAACAAGGAGGUCCCAGGAUUUGCCCUCAACCGCAUCCAAUAUGCCAUCAUCAACGAAUGUUGGGACAUGGUCAAAUCCGGGGUCCUGAGUCCAAGUGACAUUGACAGAGUCAUGUAUGAUGGCCUGGGGCCCCGCUAUGCCUUCAUCGGACCCCUGGAGACAAUGCACCUCAAUGCUGAUGGAAUCGUAGACUACUGCCAUCGGUAUGCCAAUGGCGCCUACAAGGUGUGCGAGACGUUCAAACCGCCCCCGGUGUUGUACGACGUCCCCACGGCCGAGACAGUGCAGCAGGAGCUCAGUCAGACAAUUCCACUUGAAGCACUCGCUGACAGACGGAGAUGGAGAGACGAACGCCUAGCCUCACUGGCCAAACUCAAACGUGAUCUGAACUAACACACCUGCCCCUUAACUGUGUGACUUGUUGUGUCGAAUAUUUGUGCCGUUAAACUGGUUUCCUUUUAAGUGUCACUUGUCGGUUGUCACCGUAAAUCAUUGCGCAUGGGAGAAUGGGAACUAGUCUACCUGUGACGUGUACCUGUCUGUAUUGAUAAUUGUCUGUGUUGUACGGCUGUCCAUUGUGUGUGUGUCUGUCUACAAGACAAUAUUACCGUGUGUCUGAGAGCAACGUUGAAAGUGCGGGUCACUGUUCCACUGUUUACGGAUAUGUACUAAGCUAGUCUAUUCUAUUGUGUAAGAGAGGAACACAUGUCGAGGUUUUGGCAGCACUAGCGGGUGCAUCUCUUUAACAAAGAAAUCCACAAGGUCAGAUAUAUAUACAAGAGGGGGAGGGUGUGAAUUCAAAUACACCUCAUGUCAAAAGAUUCAAAUCCACUUGAUGUCCCAAGAUGAUAAUAUGUAUUACUCACAAAUAAAUAUUUGAUCACC